AUGAAACACCUGUCAUCAAAAGAAAGAGAAGAGUGUCUGGAAUACGUAAAACAAGAGAUGUUAUUAGUGGAUGUUAAUGAUCAUGUUGCUUCACCUGGCGCAAAGAGGUCAGUUACAACAACAGCCAGUAAUUCAUCGUCGUAUAUGACAGAGUUCUACAUGAAUGAGGAAUAUGAUGAUGAUGAUGACAGUAAUGGUACACAUAGUUCUUCGAAAGCUGCAGCACAUUUAAUUGAAAUCGAUAUGUAUCAGAAGUACGGUGUAGAUCAAACAACAUCCGAACCCGGUGAAGAAGUUACUGAAUACAAUCCUCUAUCGUUUUGGAAGUAA